AUGCCGUCACGAGACUCCGAUCGCCGCCAUAGAGGACGGGAUGCCUAUGAUGACGACGACGAUCCCUACUACGACGAUGACUACUACGACCGACCUCGCGCAUCACGCCGCGUCUCGCGAAGCGCCCAUGAAUUAGACGCUGCCGAGGCUGGGCGAUCCCGCCGUCGUCGCGACCACCACCACCACGAUGCCAGCCCAGUUCGGCAUAGCACCCGAUCCCGAUCGCUCGACCACCGACCGCCCCCCAGACGCCGCCGUGACAGUUAUGAUUCGUACUCGGAUUACUCCGACAGCGAAGACGACCGACGUCGACGCCGCCGCGACAGAGACCGAGGAUACAACAGCGGCCGGCGGAGAGAUAGUAGAGUCUCUGGUGCAUCAUCCUCACGCUCUCGACUACCGAGACGGGAGUCUGAUAAGUCACACAUACUUCAGGCAGCUGCCAGCGCUGCUGUGGUCGCCGGCGCGACUGAAGCGUGGCGGAUGAGGAAAGACAAGACUUCAUGGCAAAAGAAGGGGACCAAGAUGGCCACGGCAGCGGCGGGCGCCGCUGCCAUUGCCGCGUUCAAGGACAAUGGGCCCAAGGACUAUGGCAAGAAGGAUGCGGUUGGGGCCACUAUUGGAGGAUUAUUAGUCAAUCGACUUGCGAACGGCAUGAACAAGAAAUAA